AUGCUGAACGGACCGACCCUCCCGAGGCACCUUCCUCAGCUGAUGUCCCUGGAGGACCAGGAGCCCACCCUGGGGCCACACAACUCCACGUCCACGGUGGAGGGUGGGGCUCCGGGGCAGCAGCACCAGUCCUUCCCCUGGGUGGCGACCCUGCUGGCCGGCGUCCUGAUCACGACCAUCGUGGUGGAUGUUCUCGGAAACCUGCUGGUCAUCGUGUCCGUGUUCAGGAACAAGAAGCUCAGGAAAGCAGGAAACGCCUUCGUGGUGAGCCUGGCUCUUGCUGACCUGGUGGUCGCCAUCUAUCCCUACCCGCUGGUGCUGACCGCCAUUUUCAACGACGGCUGGAUCGCCGGCUACAUCCACUGUCAGAUCAGCGGCUUCCUCAUGGGCCUCAGCGUCAUUGGCUCCAUCUUCAACAUCACAGGCAUCGCCAUCAACCGCUACUGCUACAUCUGCCACAGCCUCAAGUACGACAAGAUCUUCUCCAACAGCAACACCAUGUGCUACGUCGUGCUCGUCUGGGCGCUCACCAUCCUCGCCAUCGUGCCCAACUGGUUCGUGGAGUCGCUGCAGUAUGACCCGAGGGUGUACUCCUGCACCUUCGCCCAGUCGGUCAGCUCGCUUUACACCAUCACGGUGGUGGUGGUGCACUUCAUCCUGCCGAUCAGCAUCGUCAGCUACUGCUACCUGCAAAUCUGGAUCCUCGUCAUCCAGGUGAGGCGGAGGGUCAAGCCGGACUCGCGGACGAAGAUCAAUCCGCACGACCUCCGCAACUUCCUCACCAUGUUCGUGGUGUUCGUGCUCUUCGCAGUCUGCUGGGCGCCGCUGAACCUGAUCGGCCUGGCGGUGGCGCUGGACUCCAGGCUGACUCGGUUGAUACCGGAGUGGCUGUUUACGGCCAGCUACUUCAUGGCGUACUUCAACAGCUGCCUCAACGCCGUCGUCUACGGCGCCUUGAACCACAACUUCAGGAAGGAGUACAAGAGGAUCGUCCUGAUCAUCUUCAAGUUUCACUGCUGA